AUGAGUUUAAAAGAUUCUGAAGGUGAUUAAUACCGUAGUGUACGGUCUCCUACAACGUUAAAAUUUGACAUUGAAACAAAUUAAUACUUGAAGACCUUAGAUGAAGAGUAGUAAAAUAAACUCUUGCAUGAGAAAAUUCACUAGCUGCACUAGGAAUAGAUGCGUGAAAUACAAUAUUUGACGCUUUAGGAGUAGGUACAAAAAACCCUAAAUGCCUCUAAAUACGAUUAAGAUCAAAGACACCUUCUUGACCAGAUCACUGAAAAAGAACACGAAAGUGAAGGGGAAGUUGAACAAAGCAGCCAACUUAUUAAAAUCAACUAAAAUAGUCACACAUUGGAAUUUGAAAUGAGAAGACCACUAUAAUUCGAUUAAAUGUUUGGUGUUUUUAUCGGAAUGAACUGCUUAGGUAUAACCUAAACCAUUGUAAAAUAGAUCCAAAGUGAAACCAAUCUAAAUUUCUCCCAUGUUUCUCUUUUACAAGGGAUCGUGCUUCUAGCCCUUGGAGCAUACCGUGAGAAAUAAUGGCUUAAUACAUUUGGGUCCAAUUAAGAGGAGGAUAAUCUUAAAAUAACAUCACAUUUGUACUUUAUUUGCUCCUCUAGUCUUGCCUUAGGUUUAGUACUAAUGAAUAUGAUAAUCUACAUAUUACCGCUAUCAUUUUCAGCGGUAUUAAUUUUUAGCUUCCCUCUGUUUCAAGCAGUCUGGGGACUCAUCAUCAGCAAAAAAAGAAUUAAUCAGCUGGAAAUUUUUUGCAUUUUCCUAUUUUUAGCUGGAAUUACUACUCUUAUGCGACCUGACCUAAUUCUACCUAAUGAGUUACUUUAAUCGUAAUAAUAAAGUGAACAUUUCACAAACUAAUACCUGAGGUCGAAUGGACUUCUUAUCUUUGGUACAGCUCUUGGAUUAACAAGCAGCUGCUUGCUAGGUCUUUAUUUACAUUGCUCUUAAUCACUUCGAUCAAAUGAGAUUAGAUUAACUGAACUCUAUGCUGGAUGUAUCUGUGUUGUAAUAAGUUUCCUUAUGUUUCCAUUGUUUGGCGCUAAGUUAAACUUCGAAAGUGUAGCUAAAAAUAUUAUCAUACUUUCACUACUGGUGGUAUUUUCAGUGUAUACAUUUAAAAACAUAUAAAUAAAAUAGAACUUGUCUUUAGAUAGGAAGACUCGAGUACUUUCAACAAUUCCUAUACUUUUAGUGUGUAUUUGGGACUCAUUUUAAUUUCAUACCAAGAUAUCUUAGAUUGACAUUGUCGCCAUUAUACUAAUUUAGCUUUUCAAUGUGAUUUCCUCUGGUUGCAGCUAUUUGAUAAAUAUGAAGGAUGAAAGAGAUGAUUAUGAGGAUUAUAUAAAGAGUCUUGAAAGACUUCAUGAAUCACCAAGGAAGAGUCGCACACCUGGUGAAGAGUAAGAUGAAAAGGGUUACUUAUAUGUGAAUUCAGAGGACGAGAAUAUGAAGGAGUCUACACUUUGA